UAACUCUUGUAUUUUCUCCCCAACAUAAACAAGUGAAACGACUUUACUCGAGACAGCAGCUUGUUAAGUUCUGCUGCAUUUCUAUUCCUGACAUUAAUCUUCAAUGAUAAUGAAAUGACUUUGUUAAUGUUAUGAAGUAAUCUAUCACGCAUAUGCUUGAUGGCUGUCGUAUGUAUUUUCGUAACGCAUUGAUCAAAUAUUUCUACAUCCAGUAACUCUUCUUUUCACCUCUGUUGAUUAACCCUGCCUUCUAUUAAAUACAUAUACAUACAUACAUCAUAUACAUAUAUAUAUAUAUGUGAGAGAGAGAGAUGGAAAUAUUCGUACAUGCUAUAUACGUAAAUAUUCCUCCGCCACGUAUUUCACUGAUAUCUAUGUUACACACCAGCACAACACAAAACAUUUCUCUCUCCUUUGUGUACUUUGCGAGAAGAUAAAAGUCAUUAAGUGUAAACAUGGUCUUUAAAUUAACUAGAACUGUCUACCACACAUGGACCAAACUAACCCCACGUGUGUUAUUAACCGAUGGAAUACGACAGAGUUCGGUCGAUGCUAGACGCAAAUUAUCUUCAAAUUGUUAUCACUUGGAUUGUAGUUCUGCUAAAAGAAUCGUUGAUAAAUAUGACACAAUUCUUCUCGACUGUGAUGGAGUGAUAUGGGGCACUGAUCAUGUCAGUCGGAUGGACAAAGUUAAUGAAGCACUAUACAAGCUUCGACAACAUGGAAAACAACUUUUAUUUGUGACCAACAACAGUUUAUAUUCAACGAACACGUUCUUCGACAAGUUUGUCCAAUAUGGAUUUGAUAUCAACCACGACGAAAUAUUUUGUAUUACUUCUGCUACAGCUUUUUACCUGAAGUCAGUUCUUGGAGUAAAAAAAUCUGUCUAUGUGAUCGGUUCUGAAGCUAUGGGAACAGAAUUACAAAACUUAAAAAUCGAUCAUUUUGGAAUUGGACCAGAGCCCGACUCGACCUCACGUAAGAUAGAUGAUCUUUUAGAUAUGCACUUUAGGGACGAUGUUGAGGCGGUCCUGGUUGGAUUCGACGAGUAUUUGUGUUAUAACAAACUUUAUAAAGCCUCUAGUUAUUUACAGGACCCUGAUUGCCAUUUCGUAGUGACCAGUGAUGUUGAAAUGGGGACCAAAAUAGGCCCCAACCGAUACCGUCCUUCAGUCGGGACCGUGGUGGGCGCUGUUUCGGCGGCUGCUUACCCGAGAAAAUAUACUGUUGUUGGGAAACCAAGCUCUUUUCUCUAUAAAUUCAUCAAAUUGAAAUUUCCUGAAUUAAAUCUUAAUAAAAUUAUUACAAUCGGAGACAGCCUAAGGUCCGAUGUGAAAUUUGCCAAAAAUAUUGGUUCUGAUUCGGCAUUGGUACUGUCAGGAGCAUCAGACAUGCAGACACUAUUAAAUACUCUCGAUAUGGAUAAACCUAACUAUUAUUUUCAGAACCUUGCUUUGUUUGCUGAAGUACUGUGAUAUCUAUUUAUCGUUUAUUUAACUAUUUUUGAUAUAGAACUUCAUGUGUUGUUUUUCUUUAAACAAAAUUACUUGGGCUAUCUUCGAAGACGUCAAGUGUGUGUGUGUUAAAUUUACUCGGAAGUGUAUUUCUAUACAGAACUUUUUUUAAUAAACCUCUUUUAUAAAGAACUCGGGAAGAAAAGAUACACGUAUUUCAUUUAUAUUCUUAAUUUUUACUUUGAUUUAUUCAUUUACAGUUGUACAUGUAUUUACAGAUUAUUAUAUAAAAAGAAAAGAAAAUAACAUUAGCAUCAUUCGUUAAUCCUUGUAAUAGUUAUUAGUUUUGAUUGGGAUUAAUUUCAUGGUGAUUGAAUUAACUUUUAUGCUAAUUAAUAACUUGAUGUUCAUGUCAACAACCUAGAGUCAUCUACUGAUGUGUUAUAAGGACGGUAUGUGCGUUUACAGGCAGAAUCGUUGGCACGCCGGGCACAAUGUUUAGCGGCAUUUCGCCCGUCUUUACUUCCUGAGUUCAAAUCCCCCGAAGUCGACUUUGCUUUACAUCCUUUCGGGGUCGAUAAAAUAAGUACCAGUUGAGUAUUUAGUGUUGUAUAACAAAGUGUAUUUAGGUAUUAAUGGAGUGGCUGAAAGAAGGAUCACCGGACAAUUUCUGCCCCCAUUUUAUACAUUGUUAAAAAUCUAUGAAAUAGAUAAUAAAGCACCUAGUUUUUAGUUUCA